AUGGCGUCUUCGCGCAAGGUGUUCUCCCUUGAGGGAAAGGGUCUCAAGCUCGAUACUGCCGCCGACCUGGAACCCCACAUCGCCGAGCUUAUCUCGACCGAUGUCGAGGAGGUCAAGUUCCUAGGAAACACCUUGGGUGUUGGCGCUUGCAAGCGUCUGGGUGAGGUUUUGGCCACCAAGAAUAACCUUCAGUCUGCCGACCUCUCCGAUAUCUUCACCGGCCGUCUCCUCAGCGAAAUCCCCGAGGCUCUGACCUCCCUCCUUACUUCGAUCCUCAACCUCCCCAAGCUCACGACGAUCAAUCUGAACGACAACGCUUUUGGCAUCAACACUCAGGCGCCCGUCGUCGCCUUCCUAGCUGCUCACGUCCCUCUCCAGCACCUGUACCUGAACAACAACGGUCUCGGUCCCCAUGCCGGUAUUCUGGUGGCGAACGCGCUGUCUGAACUGCACGCGAAGAAGGAGGAGGCAAGGAAGGAAGGCAAGGAGGUGCCGCACCUUGAGACUGUUAUCUGCGGUCGUAACCGUCUGGAGAAUGGCAGUAUGCAGGCCUGGGCCAAGGCCUUCAGCCUCCACAACAAGAUUAAGGAGAUUAAGAUGGUUCAGAACGGAAUUCGCCAGGAAGGUAUCAGCCACCUCAUUAGCGAGGGUUUGAACCAUGCGACCGAGCUGCGCAUCCUAGAUCUCCAGGAUAACACCUUUACCGUCUCGGGUGCCAAGGCUGUUGCCAGCGUUCUCCCGACCUGGACACACCUCCAGGAGUUGGGUCUUAACGAUGCCUAUCUCACUGCUAAGGGUACCGCUCUCGUCACCAAGGCUCUUGCAAAGGGUAAGCAGGACAAGCUCGAGAUCCUUCGUCUGGCUUUCAACGAUAUCACCCCUAAGGCCCUGGCCAGCAUUGCCAGCGUAGUUUCCAGCUCUCUGCCUGCCCUGAUGAAAGUUGAGCUCAACGGCAACAAGUUUGAGGAGGAGGACCCCUCUGUCAGCGCCAUCCGCGAGGAGCUGGAGGAGCGCAAGGAGAAGACCGGCGGCGACAUUGUCGAUGAAGACGCAUGGGGCCUCGACAGCCUCAGCGAUCUCGAGGGCGACUCCGAUGAUGAGGAAGAGGAGGAAUCCGAGGAGGAAGAGGAGCCGGAGCCCACAGAGAGAGCCGAGAUCCUCGACAAAGAGGCCCAGGAGGCCCAGGAGGAGCCUACUGUUCAGCUCAAGGACAAGGAGGUGGACGAUCUGGCCAAGAAGCUGGGCAAGACGGAGAUCUAG